AUGUCCUUCGCGGACAGCUUAGUCUCUUCUUGGCUUAAACCUGCCAGCGGGAAACUCCAGCAUACGCACAAGGACUACGAGAACGAGCUCAAGGAGCACAUGCGUCGCCCAGCCAGACUUGGUGUUGGCGCGAGCGUUCCCCAGGCAGCGAGCUUGACGAGAGAGCAAGCGAAGCUGAAGCAUGCUCUCACUGGCAAGAAGCGGGCUCACGACGACGACGAGGCCGGUGGCGCAAGCGGGGACGAUGACGACGACAUGGAGAGUCGGGGUAAAGCCGUACAAAAGCGUGCGCGACUAGACCCCUUUUCCACGAACAAGAAAAAGAAGAAGGGCGUGGAGACUCAGGCUAAGGCAGGCCCCUCAACGCGGGAGCAGGCCGCGACCUCGCCGAAGAAACCUCCACUGAAGGAGGGCGAGAGCGAGCAAGCCGCCGCUCCGUCAGCGCCAGCGCCUAUGAAGGUUACGCCUCUGGAUGAAAAAGCACAAACCUCUUCUCCCGAAGGCAGCGCAGGGACGUCCAAUGCGACCCCGAAGAAAAAGAAGAAGAAAAAUCGGGGCAACGCGGAGGUCCUGAGCUCGCAGGCCAGUGGCACAUUGGUGUCGAGCAGUAACCUCGCGAGUCCAUCCGUAGCAAUGAACGGUGUCUCCUCGUCUCAAAUGCAAGGAUCUAACUCCGCAGCGUCACCCACACAGAAUAGGGCUGCGCCACCCACAACAGCAACACCUACGUCGCCGCCGAAAACUAAGCCACCCCUUCCCGCUUCGUCCCCUCCAGUCAAGAAGCGCGGCUCGGACGCGGAUAUUCUCAAGCAACCUAUACUCAACCUCGACGGCCCACCUCCGUCAGACGAGUCCGAGGAUGACGACGAGAAGCCCGAGGUCACAAUUACAUCGUCCUCUAAGAAGCGUAGGAGACGGAAGAAGAAGAAGAAAAAUGGGGCUGUGCCGGCGGGAGGGGAGCAGGCGCCGUAG